GUCGAACUGUAUACUAGUACUACCAGCACCAAGUGUGUAGAAGAGAAUGGAGGCAAAAAUGGAAGAAGCGAAAAGAAAAUGCAGAAGUGUUGAAGAGAGUGUAGAAAAUAAUCUAAAAAUAUUAAAUUCAUCUUGUAAGCAAACCCUUUUGAGAUUAAUCCGUUCCGAGCUUUCUUUUCUUUCAAGAUUUCAGUCCCACAACCCCAGCUCACCCCUCAGUGUUAAUAUCGGUCAUUUGGAGGCAGUAGUUCAUAUUCUUAAGCAACCGUGUAUAAGUGGAGUUUCGCGAGUUUGCAAGCCAAUACCACAGUCUUCUUUGAUUGGUAAUAGGGAGAAAGUGGGCGAUAAUUUGAAAGGUGUCUAUGUUGAUAUAGUAUGCACUUUCAAUGGAGACCCUGUUUGGUUUAUAGUAUCUGAUAGGAACCCCAAGUACAUUUAUUGGCAUGGAAAUGCAUCUUGUCGGAACAAAGGCUUAAAGACGAGGAUUGAAAAUGUUCUUGAUGCAGCAAGGUCAUCCAUAUCUCUGAGGCCAACUUCGGUAAUUCUUUUCUUUUCAAAUGGAGUUGAGGACGAUGUAAGUGAAGGUCUUCGUAAUGAUUUUGCAGCCACUGAUUGUCAUAUGGAUUUUUCUUCUUUUGAAUUUGGAUUCUCUGAGGAGCUAGAGGGUGAGUGGGUAGAUAUACUUGCGAGAUCAUACGAGCGGGCAUCUGUAGUUGAGAUAAAAGUUGAACAUCUCGAAAGUUCCAGUUCCUUGUGUGCAAAGGAAACUCUCCAUGGUGUUACCAAGCCAGGAAUCUCAGCUUCACGAGAAGAAAAGUUUGGAAACUAUGAGUCAUUUCAUUCUUUUGUUUCUCUGAUGGAUUUGUCCUUAAUUAAUGACAAAAAUUUGGGGCCUGCUUUACUUGAAAACUCAUUAAGCAAUCUCAUUAAUUUUGACACCACAGCUUUAAUUGCUAUUGUAUCCGGGAUCAGCAACGGUGGUAUAGAGAAACUUCUGGCCACUCCUGAAAGUGAAUUGAGAAGUCGAUUUAAGAGCAAUUAUGAUUUUGUGAUUGCUCAGGUCAUGUCUGAAGUGCAGAAUCCAAUUCACAUGGAAUUAGGUGGCGUGGUAUCUGGAAAAGGAGGCAUUAUAUGUGAAACUGUCUGUUCAGAGUUUAAGGAGCUAGUGUCAAUGUGUGGUGGUCCUAACGAAAAAUUAAGGGCGAAGCACCUACUAGAGCAUCUCAUAGUUGUGCCUGAUAGUCCUUCAACACGCAUGAUGAGCUUAGCAACUACCAGGAAGUUGGCCCUGAAAAAUAAGGUUGUUUUUGGAACCGGAGAUUUGUGGCAUGCUCCAACUUUAAGUGCAAAUAUGGCUUUUGUGAGAGCUGUUUCACAGACGGGAAUGUCUCUGUUAACCAUAGAGCAUAGGCCACGAGCUUUAACUGGUGAUUAGUGUAAUGUUAUUGUAGUCACAAUGGAAAGUAGGUACUAGCAUAUGUCGUCGACUUGGUAAAGUCUGGUUGACGUUGCUAUGUUGAUGUAGCCUGACUCCGGAAGAUAUCUGUACUUUUAUGCUACAUUUCAACCAAGUCUUUGUUGACGUUUUGUUCA